AUGUCAGAGAACAAAAAAAGACCUGUUAGAGUUUGGUGUGAUGGAUGUUAUGACAUGGUUCAUUUUGGGCAUGCUAAUUCUCUUAGACAAGCUAAAGCUCUAGGGGAUGUGCUUAUUGUCGGUAUACAUUCAGAUGAAGAAAUUGCUAAACAUAAAGGUCCUCCUGUCUUCACUCAAGAAGAAAGGUACAAAAUGGUCAAAGGAAUAAAGUGGGUGGACGAAGUUGUAAAAAAUGUGCCUUAUAUAACUACGUUAGAAACUCUCGACAAAUAUGACUGUGAUUUUUGUGUACAUGGAGAUGAUAUUACACUCACUGCUGAUGGUGUUGAUAGCUAUCAUUUAGUCAAGGCUGCUGGAAGAUAUAAAGAAGUAGAACGAACUAGAGGUGUAUCAACUACAGAUAUAGUUGGAAGAAUGCUUCUGUUAACAAGAGAACACUUCCGUCGAGGAGAAAGGGAAUAUGAAGUCGAAAGAAGACAGUCUACCUCCCUUGGUCUGGAUCAUACUGCUACUGUACCUUUUACUGCAUGUUCUCAGUUCCUACCAACAUCCCGAAAAAUUAUUCAGUUUUCGGAAGGGAUGGAACCACAGAAAGGUGAUGUUGUGGUAUAUGUAGCUGGAGCUUUUGAUCUUUUCCAUACAGGGCAUCUCGAUUUCUUAAAAAAAGCCAAAGAGCAAGGAGAUUUUCUGAUCGUUGGUCUCCACACAGAUCCUACUGUCAACAGGUACAAAGGCUCUAAUUAUCCAAUCAUGAAUCUUCAUGAAAGAGUUUUGUCUGUUCUGGCCUGUCGAUAUGUGAAUGAAGUGGUGAUUGGUGCUCCAUAUGCUGUCACUGAGGAACUGAUGUCACAUUUCAAAGUUUCACUAGUCUGUCAUGGGUCUAAAACACCGAUAUCAGAUGAUACAGAUGGUUCAGACCCUUACGAAUUACCAAAGAGAAAGAAUAUUUUCAAACUUUUAGAUUCAGGAAACUCAACAACAACGGAGACAAUCGUUGAAAGAAUAAUUAAGCACAGAUUGGAAUAUCAGGAACGAAAUUCCAGAAAGAAGAAAAUUGACAAUCAUAUAAUCUAGUGAAAUCAGAACUCUUUUAUAAAUGUCCCUGCUUACAUUCCUGAAAAUAUAAUCUCUGAGACCAAAUAAGAAGAUUAUACACCAUAAGCAAAACAUUAUUAAGUACUUAAAAAAAAGAAAUAGAAUAAAUAAAGACAAAUGAUUUAUUUGCUCAGAUAAAAUUCUAAAUACAAAAAUCUCUUUUAGUUACCAUUAUUUAAUGUAUUUUUAAGUACGUUAUUGUUAAUAUAUUUAUAAAUGUUUACCAAAAAGUUGUUAUAGUUUUUAUUGCAAAGUUAUUAUUCCUUAACUUUUUAUUUAUUUAUUUGUGUUAAUAUUUAAUUUACUACUCUCUAUCUUUGAGAUAAUAGUAGACUCUUCAUAAUUUGUUGUUGAAAGGUUUUAGUAUGAGAAUGUUGGAAAAGCAAAGAUGGAAGUGUUAAAAAUAAAGUACAAAAGUGAAGUUUAGAUCUUUAGGCUACUUCUUGCUUGACUGUUUCAUAUCAAUUUUAGAAGAGUUUAAAUCAACUUUAUCUGGUAAUGGUUUUCUUUCAAUUAUGAUAAAUAGAUUACAUCAGAAAUCAAUUCUUUGGUUAAAGUAUUUAUAAGAUAAAUUAAUAUUACACUGUGUAUUAUGUAUUUUUUAAAAAUGUGAUUGUAUUCCAUGUAUCUAUCGAAUAAUCAAUUUUUAAAAUCAAAUUGCUAUUCAAAAACAUAAUUAUUUAUAACUUUAAAUAACUAAGUAUUAAAUUCUUAAAGUAAUCAAAAUUUUAAUUAAGAAAACACUGCUUUAUUUUUAUAGUGAAUUAUUGGGAGUCUACUAUAUUUUAUUUGCAUGAUAGUUCAUUAUUAUUUGUAACAGCUUUUUGUCUGUUUAAGUAGAGUUCCUUUAAAUUAAAAAUUAUAACUUUAAUUAAUUAUUUUUAAUUGGAAUCACAUGCAGAUAUAUGUUGAAGAAAUGUUAAGAUUAAUAACUUAAAUAUACCAAUUGUGUUCCUAACAUUGGAAUUCUACUGUAGGUGGCUUCUAUGUUAAUCACUGUUUCAUACAUCACUUCCUUGUUUGUGCUGCACAAUAUUAAGUUGUACAUUUAAAAAAACUGUGGAAUAUAGAUAUAUUUCAAAGUAAAUCUUUUUAUAAUAAAUAAACUAUCAUACAAAAUUUUCAUAUCUUUUAUUGGUGUUUGUCCAACCUCUCACUGUUAAUGUUGGUGUGUGACUGUAUCUUUAAAAUAUUGUUUAAUUCAAUUGGUGUUUGCUUCUUAUGUGGUGGAUUAAUAUCUGUAAUUGUUAUAUAAAAUAAAAUUGCUAUUAAAGUUAUGGUACUGUUACUAAAGAAAUGUCUCUGAUUUUUUGUUUAAAAUAAGUCAACAAAUGACUCCCUCAGUAUCAUGACUGCUACAACACCUGUGAUUGACUAAGCUCUUCUACAAAUCAAAAUAUAAAAGUGGCCAUUAGAAUGUGCUAUUGGGCAUAAGAAUAUGCCCAUUCCAAUAAUAGGUAUUAAAUAUGAUAAUUGAUCUAACAUUUGAACAAUAAUCAAUAUUAUGGUACUUAUUAUUACAGAAAACCCUAAAAGCAUUUAUAAAAUUGAUUGCCCUGCUAACAAUGUAAUCCUGGAAGAUCUUCCUUCUCAGAAGGUUAUCCAUAAUUCCAUCCAUGCCUAGGUAUCAAAAAUACACUUAAGUUCAGUUUACAAUUCAUAUUUAUUUUUUAGUCAAUCAACAUUUGUUAUAUCAGAAUCUGAAAUCUCAAAAAAGUUAAAAAAAGGUAAACAAUUUUUUAUUUUACUCAUUGAUUGCAAAAUUUUAUCCUAUUACUCCACUUCACUAUCAUCCUGGUUUAUCAGUGAUUGGAGCAGAGCUGCCAAAUUCAAAAUGAC